UGAAUGCCGUAAGGCUUCGUCGUGUGCCAAGCUCGACCAUAUAUCACCAGGCCUAUCUCUGCCUCGUCACAUCGUUCACCUUCUUCCCAGACUCCCGCAUCAACCGCCCACGGACUACUGUCCAGAGCCAUAUAGUCAGAGAGAAGGAGCUUUAACAGACGGCAUAUCCAACAUGGCUGUCUGGCUCAUUGCUCUUGCCGUAAUCUCGGUCUCUGUCCUCACCAGCAAGUUUCUGGCAUGGAAGCGACUGCGGCACAUCCCCGGACCAUUUUGGUGUGGCUGGUCUGAUCUCUGGAUGCUUCGCAGAGCAUUUAGAGGAUCGCUUUAUAUGGACCUUGACGACUUACGCCACAAAUAUGGACCACUUGUCCGCAUUGCACCAGAGUACUUGAUCUGUGGUGACCCAAUCGAAAUUCGACGGAUAUGGGGAGUGCGCUCUCAAUUCGAUCGAGCGCCGUGGUUCAAGGGGUUUCAACUUGAUCCCCCGAAUGACUGUACCCUGUCCUUACGAGACAACAACUUGCACUCUCUCCUCAGAUCCAAACUCCUACCAGGCUAUUCUGGAAAGGAUAUCGACGGCCUGCACGAGUCGAUCGACCAGCAAGUAACGAAGUUCAUUCAUUUUAUCGAGGGGAAAUAUCUCUCCACCGAGAUAGAUUUCCGUCCAGUCGACUUUGCUCGUAAGAUCCAGUUCUUGACCUUGGACCUCAUCUCGACUUUCGCAUUGGGACGGACGUUUGGCUUCAUGGACAGAGACGGCGACCUCUACGACUACAUCAAGACAACAGAAGAAUCCCUUCCUCUUAUGCAGAUGAUAGCCUUGCUGCCUUGGCUCCUGAGUGUCCUACAGUCUCCUCUAUUCAAGGUGAUCCGACCAACACACACUGACGCUGUUGGACUUGGUAAGGUUAUGGGAAUUGCCAAAGAGAUCGUGGCCGAGCGAUACGGCGAUUCGAAGAUUGUGAAACGAGAUAUGUUGGGAUCAUUCGUGGCUCAUGGUCUGACGCAAAAGGACGCCGAGUCAGAGUCUCUUGUUCAGAUCGUGGCGGGGUCUGAUACAACUGCCACGGUGAUUAGAAUAGGGAUUUUCCACGCCUCAACGUCGCCACUGGUAUGUCAAAAACUGCAAGAAGAAAUUGAUAAGGGCGUCAAAACCGGUCAGAUAUCGUCUCCAAUCAAGGAUACGGAAGCACGGGCACUUCCAUACUUACAGGCAUUCAUCAAAGAGUGCUUCCGGAUCUGGCCACCUAUUACUGGCAUCGUCCCGCGAAGCUCAGAAACAGAGGCUGUGGUCUGUGGCUUUCGGAUUCCCCCGAACACAAACGUGGGCUGGAGCGCACGCUCGGUUAUGCGAGACAGGAAUGUAUUUGGAGAUGAUGCAGACUUGUUUUCUCCUGAACGAUGGCUACGCGCUCAGGGCGAGCAACUACGAAUCAUGGAAAAUACCGUCGAACUUAUCUUCGGUCAAGGCAAAUGGGGUUGUCUGGGCAAGCCUAUCGCCCUGCUGGAGCUGAACAAGGUGUUCGUCGAGCUGCUGCGACGAUUUGACUUUACCGUUGUCAAUCCAGCUCAUCCCAUGGACACCUUUGACUACGGUGUUAUGACACAGUCUAACCUUAUGAUGAAGAUCACGAGGCGAAAGAGUCCAGUGUAAAAUCGUCGAUAGCAGCACCCAGAAUUGGAAAGUGGGAGGACGCGAGAACUGCAGCCUGAGCGGUGCCUCAGUAUGAUUCAAUGUGACCAAGACUUGAUUAGUAGAGCGAAGUCGUGCGGCGUCCAGGACAGCAGCUUGCCUACAUGCGAAAAUCAUGUACUUCAUAGGACCCUACUUCUCCCAAGAUACUCGACUUAGACCAUGAGGUAUG